AAGGGAAAGAGAGAGAGAGAAGGAUAUAAAAGGAGAGGGGGUGAGUGAGAGGGCUGGGCGAGCGGGUGGGAAAGGCGAGCGAGAGAGACUACUCGAGGCAGGCGGGCGUAUUGAUUCCCGCGUGGCGUUAUACGGCGAGGUGAGAAAGCUGCGAGCGGAAGAUUCCUCCUGCUUCCUUCGCCGACAAGGAGAAACGGCAAGAGAAGAGAAAGAGAGAACAAAAGUAUCUCGUAAUUGGAAUCAAUCGAGUGGGCUAGUUGCACCGAGGAAUACGUACGAUCGCCGACUCUCUUACGAGAUUCUCCGGAAGGAGAAGAGAGCUUGACACGUGGACAAGAAUGAAAGAAUCUGUGAAACACUGGUCGUGCAGCGACACGUCGGUCCUUCACGCGAGAAAUGCUUUUUAGAAGGAAGAGGGCAUGACGCACCGAACUCAUGCAGUGGCGAAAACACGUGCGCAUCAAGUACGGUGGUCGAGUCGGUGUCGGUCAAGGACAGCAGGAUCGGGAUCAGGUGCAGCUGCAGGUGCGCGUGGUGCAGCUGCAGCGGGAACGGGGCGCACGACUCAGCUACGUCUGUCAUCAGCCUCAACUCUCGUCUACGGCUCGCCGCGAUUGCAGUGCAGCAGCCAUGCUCUGCUGCGGCCGGAGGAAAGAGGGCCGGGGGGAAGUGACAGACAUAAGCGCAAGUCCUGGGAGGCAAGCUCCUACCAACCAGUUGCGCCCCAAGGAACCACCAUCUUUGGUCAUCCAGGGAGACUUCCGAAAAAUAAGCGGGAUCAGUUCGGACAUCUUCAAGCAGAUCGAAACGGUCGAGAACGAUCAUGACGCCUCGACGGCAGCGGCCCUCGAAGCUGUUGAACGAAGGGGUGACAUGGUCGUUCGCGUCAUCGAGCCCCGACAAAUGGGCAGACAAGUGUCCGAAGCGGCAAAGAAAUUUAUCGCGAUGCAGGAUCCUAAACACCCCAUCCACCUUGUUGAGAUAAUUAAAAGGCCGGGACAGACGCUUGGCUUAUAUAUACGCGAAGGUAAUGGCGUGGACAGAAACGACGGCGUCUUCAUCUCAAGGAUAGCAUUGGAGACAGCCGUCUAUAACAGCGGCUGCUUGAAGGUAGGCGACGAGAUCCUCGCGGUAAAUUUAGUGGACGUGACGCACAUGAGCCUGGACGAUGUCGUUAUCAUUAUGUCGAUACCAAGGAGGCUCAUUCUCUCGACCCGACACGGUCCCCAUCAAGCUGUCUCUCAUAGUCGUCAGACCGAGCACAAAGCACCACCGGUCGUAGUGAUCAAGAGGGAACUGAACGAAGACGAGAGCGACCACGCUACGAGCAAUCAUGUCAGGGAUAGCAGUCGCAGACGAGGCGACGGACGGGAGAUGUUACCCUCCCGAUCGCAACUAGGCCUUACGGGUUUGGGAUCGAGUCAAGAUUUGGGUUCCAGUAACGGCGAUCUUUAUUACAAUUCGAGACCGGAAGGACAUUGGUCUUAUCAACCGCCACCACCGCCGGUUAUCACCCAUCAACCGAAACCUGCCACCGCACAACAUUUUCAACCUUACGAGCGUGGAUAUCCGAAGACUUUGGAGAGUCUGGCCGAGAAAGAUUUUACGAAGGUACACUCCUUCUAUACCGGGCCAGUGAUGCCCUCGAACGAUGGACGUCGAAUGUCCACCGGUGGCGGAAUGCAAUCGGUCGCAGGAAGAUUGUCAGGGCAGAGCCAGUCCUCUCAUUACGGUUACUCUCAGCAUACCGGAAGUGGAAGGAUCAUUCCAAGAAGCGGUUCGGAUCAACAUCUACCGCGCGUCGAUUACACGAGCAUAACGAUGCCGGCUCGUCACACUCUUCUAAGAUCGAGCUUAAAAUCUGGAACGUCGGCAUUGCGAUACAACACCAGAUACGGGACCCAAGCCGACACGCCAUCGAUCACACCAAGACGAAAUCCGGUUGGUACUUUGACUAGGAGACACAGACCAUCCUUGGAUUAUGCUUCCGAUACCGAGGCCACGUGUUCGAGUUCACCGAAAUCUGCCUACUACUAUUACAGACACAAUAUGAAUAAUCCACCAUCGAGCAGUGCCGUCUCACACCUUGCCACCCUAUCGAGAUCGCAAAUUGGUCAGGGUAUGGCGGGAUUGAGAUCGAACUCUUUGCCCCGAAGUGGUAGAACGUUGCCGCAACAGCCAGGCAUCAGGUCGGGUCUCAGUACGGUGGCAUCGGGAUUGAUCGAUCAGGAAGACAGCGACGGUGCUUUGUCGGCCCCGGAAUUGCCUUCGAUUAGACGGGAUAGGGGUAGGAUACCGUCGUCGCCUAGCGUAUUCACUUCCGACGAAUAUCGAGCGUGGUUGAGCAGAACGCCUAGCACGAGCGCACUGUACGAGCAGAUCAGGGCCACCACGAACCGACCACCGCGUUAUACCUAUAGCGCUGAAAAUAUUCACGCGGCGGCCAGUCAAGGCGAUUAUGGUAGUUACGGGACAUACAGACCACUCUCUAGUACGUUGGAUCGGCUCUCAACGAGAUCUGCCUCGGCACAACAAGUUAAUUUGGCGAAUUUAAGAGCGUCGACGGCUAUUAGUUCGACGUGUCAUCGGGGUACAGGCAAUCCUAGGCCGGCAUCGGUGGCUACAAGCGCACGUUCCUCCUUGGCAAGUCAAAAACCGUCGUUAGGAAGCUCAGCGAGUCAAAGGGCGACGUCAGUUAGAAGAAUUAGAAACUUAUUAGACCUCGAAUCUACGAGAAGUAUACCGACCCCCACACCUACCAGAACUCAGGAUCAAAGACUGCUAGAUAUUAAUCCUGCAGAGUUCCUCAAGUAUAAGAUAGAAAAGCCACCGACAGUGGGUACUCCGAGUUCGACCAGUUCCCUCUUGAGUUCGCUCGGGGAGACCAGCGGUGGUGAUCUGGCAGGUGGGGUCAGUGGAUUGCUCUGGGUACACCUGUUAGCGGGUCGCGGCCUUCGUUCGACUACAACCUCCUCGGCAGCAACUACGCCCUCAACGCCAUCGGGUCAGCCUAAUUUAGCUAGUUGUGGCCUGAGAGACUUAUAUUGCGUACUGGAGUGUGACAGAGUGCACAAAGCACGGACCGUCGUGCGAACGGGCGAUUUGAUGUUCGAUUGGGACGAAACCUUCGAGCUGGAUCUCGUAGGAAAUCGGCAGCUGGAUCUGCUCGUGUAUUCUUGGGACCCACAAUAUCGGCACAAACUCUGUUAUAAAGGAUCGGUACACUUGGCGACUUUGCUCAAGGAAGCGGCGGUGCAUCAGUUGGCGGUUAAAGUCGAACCUCGAGGUACAAUCUAUUUAAGACUGCGAUAUACCGACGCCCAGCAGACUUUUAGACGCAGGGGAUUACCAGUUAUAUCCCUCGCUACCAGAGUAGCGCCUUUGUUCGGAGUUGAUCUCGAUACCGUUGUUAGUCGAGAGUCAAAGACUGGAGGAGUUCCCGGUGGUGUUUCCACGGCACUAGCAAUGGGAGUUCCAAACGUACCGAUAAUAGUUUGGCGAUGCGUCGAGGAGGUUGAAAGGAGAGGCUUGGAUAUUAUAGGCUUGUAUAGACUUUGUGGCUCGGCAACUAAAAAGAGGAUAUUAAGAGAAGCUUUUGAACGAAACGCACGAUCGGUCAAUCUGUCGCCCGACAAUGUACCAGACAUAAACGUUAUCACGGGCGUACUGAAAGAUUAUUUACGUGAACUUCCGGAACCCCUCUUUACUAAAUGUCUCUAUCAAAUGAUGGUCGAUGCGCUAGCCGUUUGUUUGCCCGACGACCCACAAGGCAACGCUAAACUUAUGUUCAGUAUAUUGGAUUGUUUACCUAAAGUUAACAGAUGUACGUUGAUUUACUUAUUGGACCACUUGGCAAUGGUCGUUUCUCAAUGCAACAAAAUGUCACCAGCGAGUUUGGCCGUUUGUUUUGGACCAGUACUCAUGUUACAUUCGGAAGAAGGUGGUCCUCCGUUGGAUUUCCAACAGCCGAUCGCUGUAUUGAAAUAUCUUUUGGAAAUAUGGCCAAUUAAGUCAGUUCGGAAGACUUCUUCAGUCGGUUCAGCGCUUCCUCGAGUUACGCCAGCAAUCGAGCACAGCAACAAUCAGCAGCAAGUGGAGCAGCAGCAUCAUCAUCAACAGCAACAGCAGCAGCAGCAGCAGCAGCAGCAGGUUCAGCAACAGGUACAACAACAGGUACAGGGAACAUUGGGACGAACAGGGCUGCUUUGGCAGCAGCCACCCUCACUUCAUCGUCCACCCCAAACUACAGCAGCCGAAGCCCUCGCACCCUCCAUUCGUCCGCCUCCGCCGCCGCCAAUCAAGCCUCGACAGGUGAUAGUCUCGUCUCCCGGUUCACCUAGCAGCGAGGAGUCGGAAGCCUCGCCGGAGCCGAUUGACAAGAGCCUCCUGGGGGGUUUGGGAUUUGAGAAGGUCGGGGAAACUGCUACAACGACGGCUGGCUCGAGUGUUGGCUCGAUCAUAGCGGGUGCGGGUGCGGGUUCGGGUGUGGGCGCGGGCGCGAGGGCGAUCGCGACCGAACAAAUGACGCCUACGAGCAGCGUCGACACGGAGGAAACCCGUAUCUUGGAAGAGCCCGAGAAAGGUGUCGAAGGAGACGUCGAGGCAAGCGACGACGAUCGCCAUCAGCAACAGCAACAGCAACAGCAACAGCAACAGCAACAGCAACAGCGACAACAACAGCAACAGCAACAACAACUUCCGAAAACGAGCCAUUAAUUAGGGGUGGUUGCGAGCGGAAACCAUCGAACAUUGACGAGAUGCGUCGCGCAGUGAGUAAACGGAAUGAGCGCGAGUGAGAACCAUGCUUCGUUCGAGCAAAUAAUAGACUAGCCGUAUAAAUAGAAUACAAAUAAAAUAACACCGUGCUCGUAACGGA